AUGAACUUGCAAGAAAACGAUCACAACGAUUCCGAUGCUAGUUCAACAGACGAUCGAGAUUUUUCUUCGUCGAAAUUAGGUUCUAAAGAAUAUUGGGAUUCUGCCUAUGAUAAAGAAUUGGAAAAUUUUAAAGAUAUCGGUGAUGUAGGAGAGGUUUGGUUUGGAGAGGGAAGUCAAAAUAGAAUUAUACGAUGGCUGGAGAAACAGGACUAUAUAAAGAAAGAUUAUCCAGUGUUAGAUAUUGGAACUGGUAAUGGUAUAAUGCUUAUAGAAAUGGCUAAAGAAGGGUAUACAGAUUUAACUGGAGUAGAUUAUUCCCAACCAGGGGUUCAACUAGCUCAAAAUAUAACUCAAUCUCAAAAACUACUGACAGACAUUGUGUAUCAAGUAAAAAAGACCAAUUCAGACAUAGACUCUCCUAGUGCAUUAAAACGAACAUAUAAACUUUGUAUAGACAAAGGCACGUUUGAUGCCAUUAGUUUGUUGGAGAGUGAGUUUAAAUCAAGUCGUGAAGUGUAUGUUAGAAACGUCCGCCGUCUGACCGAUACUGAGGAAGGGUAUUUUAUCAUCACGUCUUGUAAUUGGACGAAAGAACAGCUUGUUAAUAUCUUCAAUUCUUGUUUUAAACUCCACGCUGAAAUUCCAACACCUACAUUUAAAUUUGGUGGACAAGUUGGAAACAAAGUUACCUCCCUUGUAUUCAAGCCUGUUUGA